AUGAGUCCAACCAACAGUACUAGUAGGUCAGCCUUCUACAUCAAGGAAGCACCUCGAGGUCAAGAACGACAACAAGUCAUUGAUAAUUUCUUUGAAAAGCGAAACUUUCCCGGGAUAGUUCGCGCAACUGAUGCAUCGCACAUCAAGAUAAAAGCUCCCCAUGAACACAGUCAAACAUAUGUUAUCCGACUGGGGUUUCAUUCAGUUGUCUUGCAGGCUGUUUGUAGAGAUGACAUGAGGUUUAUUGAUUGUGUAGCUGGUUGGCCAGGAAGUUGUCAUGACUCGCGUGUUUUGAAAAACUCUGAUCUUUGGACACAUGGACAACAGUUGUGUGGUCAAGGUCACGUGCUUGGUGACGCUGCCUAUCCACUACUGCUAACACCAUUUAGGGACAACGGUCACUUAACACAAGAACAGAGACAUUACAAUACUAGCCAGAGUUCUGCUCGCACUGUAAUUGAGCGUGCAUUUGCACUUCUGAAAGGACGGUUUCGCAAGCUUCAGUAUCUGGACACCCAGCAACAGAAAACAGCAUUCUUACGAGUGCUGAAAACAGCAGUGAACACUAUCAUGGUAUGUUGUAUCAUACACAACAUUUGUAUCUCAACACAUGAAGAUCUCAGAGACUUUAUUCUGGAUGGCCCUGCUCAAAACAUUGACAAUGGCUACCUUGCUCAACAGAAUGAUGUUGAGGGUACCACUAAACGCAAUCAUAUUGUUAGAAACCUGAAUUAA